CCUCUUGUCUGUUUUCCACCUCAGGGCUCCGGGCAGCGUGCGUGGGAAAUGCAGGGCAUCAUUUACCCAACAUUCCUGUUCGUUGUAGCGCUUGUGCCGUGUGCUGUCACAGGCGUUCAUCUGGCCAUCAACUCCAACACGGCUGACUUCCAGCUGGCAACCAAGCCGGGCCAGACCCAGUCGCUCUGGUGCACCGUUUGGGACCACCACCAGGAAGAGGAAUUGCUUUGGCUGCGAGGAGACGGGACCGUCGGCCUGCAGGAGGGGAACAGAGCCAACGCCAGCAACAUCUGCAUCUCCCCCGUCAUGGAGGAGGACAACGGCGUGUCUUUUACCUGCCAGCUGGCCCGGGACAAAUCCAUCCAGAUCUCUGUGCGGCUCAAUGUCACGUACGCCCCCAUCCUAAGCGGAGAAGACCCUCCCGCCAUCCCCGGAGAGUGGGAUGCGACGCUCAGUUGCCAUGUCAAAGCCAACCCCCCUGCUGAGCUUACCUGGUACAAGGACAACCAGAUCCUGGGCCUGGAGGAGUCCCACCACUGGGUUCACCAGACCAGUGAGCUGUUCCAGCUGACCAUUAAGCACGUCCAACAGUCGGAUGAAGGAAUAUACACGUGCGCGGCUGUCUCUCCGCAUGGAAUAAGCCGUAAAGACUUCCACCUGGUAAUCACAGAGAGAAAACUGCCCUUCCCCACCGAAGCCGUCAUUGCUGCAGCCGUGGUGAUUUCGCUGACAGCCCUCUUUGCCCUUGUGGUCCGACGAGAGAAGAUUGUAAAGUGUUUCAAGAAAACUGACUCUCCAAGCCAAACUGCACUGUGAAGGAAUUCUUAUCUCAGAGCAACUUCAGAGGCAUCCUGGGUUACUUCAGAUUGCAAAUCCUUCCUGUUACCAAGGAAAUUCUUAGCAUGGCCGCAGUUGAAACAUUGCUUUGAUUUAUACCUUAGAAUACUAUCCACUUUCCACUCUCAAGCAGACACUCCUUUA